AUGACGAGGGAGGAGCCCUGCAGGGAGGAGCUCAGCUAUGACCGGAUGGCCACCCUGGAGCGGGGCAGGCCAGACGCGGGGAGCUACGCGGACACCAAGCCUGGCGACCUGCAGCUGUCGUCGAGGCUGCCCCCCUGCUUCAGUCACAAGACGUGGGUCUUCUCCGUGUUGAUGGGGGGCUGUCUGCUGGUGACCUCGGGGUUUUCGCUGUACCUGGGCAACGUGUUUCCUUCCGAGAUGGAUUACCUACGUUGUGCUGCAGGCUCGUGCAUUCCCUCGGCUAUCGUGAGCUUCGCUGUUUCCAGGAAAAAUGCCAAUGCGAUCCCCAAUUUUCAGAUGCUGUUUGUUUCCACGUUUGCUGUCACCACUACGUGUCUGAUCUGGUUUGGAUGCAAACUGGUCCUGAACCCGUCAGCAAUAGACAUAAAUUUCAACCUGAUUCUGCUGCUCCUGCUGGAGCUCCUCAUGGCGGCCACGGUGAUUGUCUCCGCGAGGUCCAGCGAGGCAUCUGGCCGGCAGAAGGGCUCUGUCACUGACAGCACCAUUUUGUACAAUGUGGCGUUUCCUGCACGGAUCCUGAAAUCCUACUCGGUCAUUGAGGUGAUUGCUGGCGUCUCGGCCGUGCUGGGUGGGGUCAUCACUCUGAACGUGCAUGACGCGGUCUCAAGCCCCCACCUCUCGGUGACAUUCUUCUGGAUCUUAGUGGCUUGUUUUCCAAGCGCCAUUGCCAGUCAUGUGACCGCGGAGUGUCCCAGCAGGUGCCUGGUGGAGGUGUUGAUCGCCAUCUGCAGCCUCACGUCCCCGCUGCUCUUCACGGCCGUGGGGUACCUGACCUUCAGCGUGAGGAGGGUCGUGGAGGUGUUUGAAGAUUACCCACCAGCCCUCAAGCAAUCCUACGACGUGCUCCUGCUGCUGCUGAUGCUGGAGCUGCUGCUGCAGGCGAGUCUGCACACGGGCACCAUCAUCCAGUGCGCGCGCUUCCAGGCGGCUGGCCCACAGGAGCGCCCCACUGCUGAGGUGGCCAGAAGCCCCCUGAAGGAGUUUGACAAGGAGAAAGCCUGGAGAGCGGUGGUGGUGCAAAUGGCCCAGUGA